UCGAAGAGCAGCAGUCGCCGUUGCCUGCAAUGUCGUCUGAAGGCGAAAGCAGCUGCAACAGCAGCAGCAGGAACAGCAGCAGCGGGUCGACUGCAGUUUCGAGCCAGCCAGGCCAAGUCCUCAGCCUCAGAGUCGGUCGGCGCUGCGGCCACCGCCGCUGCCUCGCCAGCCGCGGCGGCCGUGGCAGCCAACAAGACGGCGGUGCCGCCCACCAGCGGCUACCGCCUGCCGCCGCCAGAGAUAGCUGCCAUAGUGGACACGCCUCCCGAGCCGCUCCUGUCCUUCUCCCCCGACCGCAAGACGGUGCUGCAGCUGGCGCGGCCGCCCGCCAACCCUCCCGUCAGCGAGCUCGCACGCCCCGAGCUCAAGCUGGCAGGCCUCCGCAUCGACCCCGAGAGCUUCUCCCGCUCUCGCAUGUCUUACUACACAUCCAUCACGUACGCCCCCUUCACUGACGCCCUCACCAUGCCCAUCCCGGCAGACGCGGGGCACACCAUCACGGGCAUACCAGACGGAUACUGGAUCAACUACGUGACGUGGAGCCCCGACAGCCGCACGGUGGCCUUCACGCUGCGCUCCGCAGGCGGCGACGCCGACCCGCCGCGCGAGGCGCUGCAGCUGUGGGUGGCGGACAUCGGCACCGGCAUGGCGCGCCCGCUGCUGGAACAGCGCCUCAACUCCACCUUUGAGGACUAUGACUGGGUGGAUGCCGAUACGAUUGUGGCCGCCGUCAUCCCGCCGGGGCUGGGCCCUGCGCCCCGCAAGCCCAUCACGCCGCUGGGCCCCAAGAUAGAGGACAACAGCAGCGGGCGCAAGAGCCAGGCGCGCACGUACCCGGACCUGCUGCAAGGCCCGUACGACGAGCAGCUGUUUGAGCACUACUGCCAGAGCCAGCUGGUGACGGUCAAGGUGUCCACGGGGGAGGUGGCCAACCUCGGACCCACCCGCCUCUACACCGCCACCUCAGCCAGCCCCGACGGCCGCUACCUGCUCGUCUCCUGGCUGGAGCGCCCCUACUCGUACUCCCUGCCCUGCGGCCGCUUCCCCAAGCGCGUGCAGCUGUGGACGAGGGAGGGCGAGCUGGUGCGUGAGAUAGCCGCUCUGCCGCUGGCGGAGGACAUACCUGUGGCGUUCGACAGCUGCCGGCAGGGGCCGCGCGGCAUCGAGUGGCGCGACGACAAGCCCGCAGAGAUGUCUUGGAUGGAGUGCCAGGAUGGCGGCGACCCCGCGGUGGCAGCCUCGCCUCGCGACAUCGUUUAUGUGCUGGACGCGGCGAGCGACCCCGCCACCGCGCCGCGCGCCAUCGCCGGCACCGACAUGCGGUGCCGUGGCGUGUCGUGGGGCACCGCGCAGUUUGCGCUGCUGUACGAGGCGGAGUGGAAGACGCGGCGCAGCGUGACAUGGGUCAUCGCCCCUGACGAGCCCGAGGGCGGCUCCAAGACGGUCCUGUUUGACCGCAUGUAUGAAGACGCGUACAGCGACCCCGGCUCUCCUGCCUCUCGGCGCACCCAGUGGGGCACGUAUGUGCUGGCGCUGGUGGAGGGGGAGCGCAAGCUGCUCAUGCAGGGGUCUGGGGCCAGCCCAGAGGGCAACAGGCCCUUCCUGGACCUGCUGGAUGUGGACAGCAAGGAGGCGCGGCGCAUCUGGCAGAGCCAGCCCCCCCACUACGAGUACACCUCCAGCAUUCUGUCAGACAUGGACGACAGCCGCCCCGUGUCGCUGGACAACCUACGCGUGCUGGCCAGCCGCGAGUCGGUCACCGAGCCGCCCCAGUUCUACAUCAAGACCUUCACCGCCGGCGGCGCGCAGCACAGCGAACGCUGCAUCUCCGCCUUCCCCCACCCCUACCCCUCCCUGCGCCACCUGCAAAAGGACAUCAUCCGCUACAAGCGCUCCGACGGCCUGGAGCUGAACGGCACGCUCUACCUGCCCCCAGGCUACGACCCCGCCCGCGACGGCCCGCUGCCCACGCUGUUGUGGGCGUACCCUCGGGAGUACAAGAACAAGGAGGCGGCGGGCCAGAUGCGCAAGAGCCCCUGCACCUUCCCCGGCAUCGGCUCCACCUCGCCGCUGCUGUUCCUGGCCAGGAAGUACGCGGUACUGGACGGUCCCGGCUUCCCCAUCGUGGCGGAGGGAGAGGAGGAGCCUAAUGACACCUACGUGGAGCAGCUGACCGACUGCGCGCGGGCGGCGGUGGAGGAGCUGCAGCGGCGCGGCGUGGCCGACCCCUCGCGCAUCGCCGUCGGCGGCCACUCGUACGGCGCGUUCAUGACUGCUAACCUCCUGGCUCAUGCGGGGGACCUCUUUGCUUGCGGCAUCGCGCGCUCCGGCGCCUUCAACCGCACCCUCACGCCCUUUGGGUUCCAGGCCGAGGAGAGGACCCUGUGGCAGGCCCCCGAGACCUACUCCAAGAUGUCUCCCUUCAUGAACGCCGACAAGAUCCAGAAGCCGCUGCUGCUGAUCCACGGAGAGGCUGACAACAACACAGGCACCUUCCCCAUGCAGAGCGAGCGAUUCUACCAGGCGCUCAAGGGCCACGGCGGCACCACCCGCCUGGUGCUGCUGCCUCACGAGAGCCACGGCUACAGCGCCCGGGAGAGCAUCAUGCACGUCCUGUAUGAGAUGGACAGGUGGAUGGGCAUGUGGCUGAACGGCGCGGCGUCAUCGACGGACGAGUGACGCCGGCCGACGCGCAUUCCUUCGCAGCCGCCUUUCAUUACCUUCUUCUGGGCCCUCUUUGCACUGCAAUUUCACUCACACCUGCUCAAUGUAUGCUCCAUCUGUAAUUAUCAGUC